AAAAAUUGGAAUCUGUACAUCUAACCAAGGUGGGGAGCAGCGGAGAGCCUCCUCCAGCCUUCUUCUGACGGACCCGAGGCUUUCUGCUCAGCCACCACCGCAACCGCCGCAGCGGCAUCGACAGCAAAACCACCAUCAGCAGGAUAAACUGCCCCGUCGCAGCCAAAGCGCCAACAGCAACAAGAUGAAGGGGCUGUUCAAGUCCAAGCCCAGAACCCCCGCCGACAUAGUUCGGCAGACCCGAGAUCUCCUCGUCUAUGCUCAGCGCGCUCCCGAUUCUCGUGAAAGCAAACGCGAGGAAAAAAUGUCAGAGCUCUGUAAAAACAUCAGGGAGCUGAAGUCGAUUCUCUAUGGAAAUAGCGAGUCUGAACCCGUCUCAGAAGCAUGUGCGCAGUUGACUCAGGAGUUUUUUAAAGAGAACACACUUCGACUUCUUAUUACAUGUCUUCCGAAAUUGAACUUGGAGGCUCGAAAAGAUGCCACUCAAGUGGUUGCAAACUUGCAGAGGCAACAAGUUCAGUCUAAGCUGAUUGCAUGUGAUUACUUGGUAGCGAACAUUGAUUUGAUGGAUAUUUUGAUCCAAGGAUAUGGAAACACUGACAUGGCUCUACAUUAUGGUGCAAUGUUGAGGGAGUGCAUACGUCACCAAAGUGUUGCAAGAUAUGUUUUGGAAUCACAACACAUGAAGAAGUUUUUUGAUUAUAUACAGCUCCCCAAUUUUGAUAUUGCUGCAGAUGCUGCUGCAACUUUUAAGGAACUCUUGACGAGGCACAAAUCCACUGUAGCAGAUUUUCUUUCCAAGAACUAUGAUUGGUUUUUUGCGGAGUAUAACUCAAAGCUACUGGAAUCCUCCAAUUAUAUUACCAGACGACAAGCUGUCAAGUUGUUAGGAGAUAUUUUGUUGGAUCGGUCAAACUCAGCUGUGAUGACUCGAUAUGUGAGCUCAAGGGACAACUUGAGGAUCCUUAUGAAUCUUCUCAGAGAAUCAAGCAAGAGCAUUCAGAUUGAAGCAUUUCAUGUCUUCAAGUUGUUUGCUGCUAAUCAAAAUAAACCCGCCGACAUUGUGAGCAUACUUGUUGCCAAUAGAAGCAAGCUUUUACGGCUGUUUGCUGAUUUUAAGAUAGAUAAAGAGGAUGAACAAUUUGAGGCAGACAAAGCUCAAGUAGUGAGAGAAAUAGCUGCCAUGGAACCCAAAGACUCAUGAAGGAACUUGUCUUGCAUGUGGAAUGUUGAGUUUCUUGUUCUAUUUGUGAGUUUUAGAGUUUUCAUGGUUCUUUGUGUUUGUUUGACGCUAUUUAAUUUUUUGAAGGAGCCUCAUCCCCCUUGUUCCUUGUUCAUGUGUAGUUUCUAAAUUAUACUUUUGUAAAAGGUAGAUAAAUAAAUUGGUAAAAUGUUUGAUGUUGCUGUACUUGGGUGAUGCAAAUGUUUAAAACGGUUGAGCAGCACGCAUGCUUGUAAUGUAUUCAAAUUGGCCCCAA